AUGAGCAGCAACGAAGAAGCACCAACUUUAAUCAAAAAUUCAUCUCAUAAUCAAGAUGAUGAAUUGGAGGAUCUUCUCGAUGCUCGGAAUGAAAAUGUUGUGGAUGUGUUUAAGGAGGAGAUUGAUGGGUCGUCUUCAGAGCCAUUAGAGAAUGGAGCUUCUUGGAUAUCACUCGUGUUCUUUUCAUUUGCUGGAAGUUUGAUGAGUCUUGGGUUUAGAAAGGCUGGUGAGAAUUAUUUGAUAAAAUUGAUCAAACAAAUGUUGAAUCGAAUUGGGAUAUUUGGUCAGUUUCAGAUUAGAAAGGAGGAGGGAAUGAAUCAUGGAGAUAUUCCCAAGUUGGAUGAAAGGUUCAAGGCAAACAGGCAUUGUGAAUUAUUCGAAAGACAGUACAGAGAAUUAUAUCAUGAGAGAGGUUAUUAUAGUGAGGAUGGAGGAUUUAGGAAGAAUUUUGGAACUUUAUUGUUGCGAGUGAUUGAGAGAGCUUAUAGAAAUAGAGGAUUAUAUUCAAUAUCCUUGUGGAAGAUUGCUGAAAUGGCAUGUUUGUACAUGUCACCACUCAUUCUCUAUAUUUUACUCGAGUCAAUCAAGGUGGAUGAUUAUGUGAAAAGUGCAAUACCAGCAGCAACUCAAUUUUUAAUACCAAUUUCUUCCUACGGAUUGUUGAAUAAUGACACUGUCAUUACCUCCAAUUACACAAUGAACAACGAAACAAAUUGGUUUCAAGAGAACUUGCCACUCUCAAAUAUUUUCUUCCAGUUGACUUUGGUAAUUUUAUUAUUUACUUUCAACUCAAUGGCUUCAUUGUGCAUCCAUCAGUAUUACUAUGCUACUUCAAAAAUUUGGAUUCCACUCAUUGGAGCACUUCAAGGUUCAAUCUUGCAAAAGCUGAAUAGAAUCAAGAGUGAGGAAAGAAGAAAAUUCAAAAGUGGUGAAUUGAACAAUUUAUUUGCCACAGAUGCCAAAAGAUUAGCCAUGGAUGGUAUUGAUAUUCACGAGGCUUGGCUAUUGCCAUUGACAUUAAUUGUUGGUGUUGUAUUGGUUUUCCUAUUUUUUGGUUAUAGCUCACUUGUUGGUAUUCUUGCAAUGGUAGUUUGUGGACCUAUUCUUCCAUUGUUGGGUAAAUAUCAAACUAGUUUUGCUGCCAAAGCUGCCGAAUUCAGAGAUGAAAGAGUCAAGCACAUUAGUGAGGUAUUGAAUGGUAUUAGAAUUGUCAAGUUUUAUGUUUUUGAAGACAAGAUGAAAGAAAAGGUGAAUCAAGCAAGAGGGAAGGAAUAUUCACUCCUCAAAAAGUAUAUUACUGUAUUGAGUGGAUAUUGCUUUACUUCUUCUUUGAUUGCUGUUGUUGGAAGUGGAGCCACUUUUGUUACUUUCUAUUAUGUAGGUGGAAAUUUGACCUUACCUAAAAUGUUCACUGGUCUAGUGUUGUUUAGCACCUUUAGAUUACCAUUAUUGUAUUUGCCUUGGGUCUUUUCAAACUUGGUUUUGGCCUAUGUGAGUGCUAAACGUAUUGGUAGAUUCUUGUUUUGUGAAGAUACUUUGAAUUUACCUCAUGAUCAUGAAAAUAAGGCGAAUUUGUGGGAUUUUGAUUCAGAACAUACUGAAUUGUCAUCAAUUAUGGAUAAUAAUUCAGCUAUUGAAUGUAAAGAUGCAUCUAUUGGAUGGUCAGAAGAGGAUGCUCCUAUUCUCACUGAUUUAAAUCUGAAAAUUGAGAAAGGAAAGCUCUAUUGUGUAAUUGGUAAUACUGGUAGUGGAAAAUCAACUCUGAUCUCCUCAAUUUAUGGUGAAUCUAUUGUAAAGAGUGGAAAAGUUCAAGUUAACCCAUCAUGUAAUAUUUCACUCAGUGAUGAAACUCCAUGGUUGAUCAAUGCAUCUGUCAUGGAAAAUAUAAUUUUUGAUAAGAAUUUAACUUUUGACAGGGAAAGAUACAAUAGAGUAUUGGAUGUGUGUCAAUUAAGAGACGACCUCAGUCAAUUCCCAAAUCAUGAUCAAACCGAAAUUGGUUUUUCUGGAAUUAACCUUUCAGGAGGUCAAAAACAUAGAAUUAGUUUAGCCAGAGCAUGUUAUAGUAAUUCUGAAAUUAUCUUAAUGGAUUCCACUCUCAACUCAAUUGAUGCCAAAUUGUGUAGAAAGAUUUUUAAUGAAUGUAUUAGUGGAUAUUUGAAGGACAGAACUAGAAUUCUCGUAACGCACUCGCUGCAGUUGUUGGAAAUGGCUGAUGAAGUCAUUGUUUUAGAGAAUGGAAAAUUGAUUGCCAAAGGCCCUCUGAAGGAUAUUAAGGAUUCCUAUGACUUUUCCAAACUAAUCUCUGAACAGGAAGAAGAACUUGAAACUGUAGAGAAAGAAGCAAUUGAGAAGGAAAAGAAACAAGAUGAAAAGAAGGGCCAACUUGUAGCUGUGGAAGAUAAGAGCCACGGUGAAGUUAGUUGGGCUGUCUUUAUGGCCUAUAUCCGUCAGUGUGGAAUUUUCUUGACACUUCUCAGUCUCUUUAUGAAUCUAUUAUCUAUUGGAGCAAAAACAGCAAGUCAAGUCUGGAUAUCUGUUAUGAAUAGUGACCUGCUUGGAUUACCUCUGGGUACCUAUGUUUGGGUCUUCUUCUCUUUUGGAUUAAUGGAUUGUUUCAUCAUCUUCUUUAAGGAGUUAACUUUAGGUUUUGCUACUCUAAGAGGUUCGACCAAUUUGCAUAGAGGUAUGCUGAAUAACAUUCUAAGAGCUCCAAUACAAUUCUUUGAUCAGAAUCCAGUCGGAAGAGUAUUGAAUAGAUUUACUCAAGAUUUAGAAACUUUGGAUAAUAUGGUAAUGCCUGCCUCUGAUUUUAUUGGAAAUGUGUUGAAUAUUUUCUUUACCCUAACUCUGAUAUCUAUAAUCAAUCCAAUGUUUUUAAUUGUGGUUAUUCCAAUCGGUUUAGCAUUUUACUUUAUUCAAGAAUAUUAUAGAACUACCUCAAGAGAACUUAGAAGAUUGGAAUCAAUCUCAAAGAGUCCAGUCAUGUCACAUUUCAAUUCAUGCCUCGAAGGUGUCAAUACUGUUAAGGCAUCGCUUGUACAUUCGAAUAUUUAUGCAGAUAGUUUUUCAAAGAUUGACUUUGCCAACAAACAUACCUUUAACAGAUUUAUGAUAAACAGAUGGUUGGGAGUAAGAAUUCAUCUCAUUUCUCAAUCAGUUUUGUUCUUCACAGCAAUUUUUGCCAUCAUUGCCAAAAAUACACAAGAUAUUAGUCCAGCUUUCCUUGCCUUGACUAUUUCAAACUCUCUCCAGUUGAGUGAUUGUUUCCAAGGUCUGGUUCGUUCUUUUGUUGAAGUUGAAAGUAAUAUGACUUGUGUGGAGAGAAUUGUUUAUUAUGCCCAGAGUAUCUCACAAGAAGCUGCCUAUGACAAAGAAGGAGAUCCAACCACAACCGAAUGGCCAACUAAGGGACAUAUUCAAUUAGAUAAAUUCUCAGUAAGAUACAGAGAUGAUUUAGAUCCAGUUUUGAAGAAUCUUGAUUUGGAUAUCAAAGCAGGAACCAAAGUUGGUGUUGUAGGAAGAACUGGAAGUGGAAAGAGUACUUUAUUGAUUUCACUGUUCAGAUUCCUCGAAGCUAACGAAGAUAUUUCGAGUAUUGGUUUGAGAGCUUUACGUAAAGCUUUAUUAAUCAUUCCCCAACAACCUGUUCUAUUCUCUGGAUCUAUUCGAUACAAUUUGGAUCCUUUUGAUGAAUUUGAGGAUUAUGAAAUUUGGAAUGCCCUCGAACGAGUUCACAUGAAAGAGAAGAUUCAACCACUCCAGCUCUCAUUCACCGUUACUGAGAAUGGUAGCAAUUUUUCAAUUGGUGAAAGACAAUUGCUUUCCUUGAGUAGGUGCAUUUUGAGGAAGGCAAAGAUUAUCAUCUUUGAUGAAUCGACUGCAUUUGUGGACCAUAAUAGUGAUGCAUUGGUUCAGAAGGUUAUCAGAGAGGAAUUUAAAGAUAGUACCAUCAUAACUGUUGCUCACAGAUUGGACACCAUCAUUGAUUCCGAUAGUAUUGUCUUUAUGAAGGAGGGUGAGAUUAUUGAGACUGGAAGUCCUAAGGAUUUACUCUUGGAUGAAAGAUCGAAUUUCUCCUCUCUUGUGAGAGAAACUGGUAAACAGUACUCCGAUCAUUUGAAGAAGCAAGCUUUUAAACUUCCUUAA